AUGCCUGAAACGUGGUCAGGAGUGCCAGCUCUUUUGAGCCUGUACAGGAAAACUUACGGUGCUAAAUCAUGUCCGUCUAUUCCAAAGUCCAACAAUUUUGUUGUUACUUCUCAGAAUCUCCAACAAUAUUUCCUUCAACAGGCUCUCCCACAGGCUUUGGCUCGGAUGAGAACCAAUGGUAUGGCUUUACAAGAAGUACAGUGUUUCAUUGUUGACUAUAUACGUUACAACGACAAUUCAAUAAACAGAUAUUCUGAUGAUCAUUACCGUGCAUCCCUUCUGAACGCCUUGGCCGCCUGUGUAGCACCUGUCAAUACACUAGGUGGUGGUAAUUAUAUCCCAGACGCUUUGAGUUGGGAGAUGAAUGAAGUUGUAGAAGAAACAACUCACGCACUAAAUCUGGACACGAUAAAGCCGUCUUUUCGACAUGUGGUAGGCGUGGCAGCAUUGAACGUGAUCCAUCACCUGCAACGCAAUGGCCACAUACCAUCUGACUCGAAAAUAUUCUGGAUUUUUGCUGCGCCGAAACUUUGUGUCAACGUAAGUUUCUAUGAAUUUGGUAUUUCUGUCAUUCUCAUUGGACUGUGGCCCUUUCGCAGUCCCGCAAGAGUUCACAGGUUUCCAGAGGGAUAG